ACCGGCUGUUGCGGUGAUGCCGCGUAUAUAAGCCACCGGGCGAACUCCUCCGCCAUCAAGGAACGCCGUUACGCCGCAUCAAAGCCUCCACCAAAAAAUUCCACGGCCCGAAGCGACGAGUCUGCGAGUGUGCCCCCUCCCGAAGCCGCAGCGCACGAGCUCCAGCCAGCGAGGCCGAGGCGGGAGAUCUCCUCCACUGCCGCCCGCCGAGGCCUCCCGGAGAGAGGCGCCGCCGCCCGCCGGCCAAUGCAGGACCUGGCCCUGGCCCUGGCGAGGAUAGGAUGUGCAGGCGUUUGAGCUGCGGCAUGGGCAGGGCAGGAGGAGGAAUCUGAUCGAUCCCUCACUGCAGGCGGCCUGCUGCCGGGACGCUGUGGCUGUCUCCCGUUACGGAGCGGGGACGCGUGAUGGAGUCUCGGAUGGACCAGUACGAGAUCAUGGAGCAGAUUGGGCGCGGUGCCUUCGGCGCCGCCAUCCUUGUGAAUCACAAGAUCGAGAAGAAGAAGUAUGUGCUGAAGAAAAUCCGUCUUGCCAGGCAGACGGAGCGCUGCCGCAAGUCUGCUCAUCAAGAGAUGGCUCUGAUCGCUCGGCUACAGCAUCCUUACAUUGUUGAAUUCAAAGAGGCCUGGGUUGAGAAGGGUUGCUAUGUCUGCAUCAUCACGGGCUACUGUGAAGGGGGAGAUGUUGAUGAGCUAAUGAAGAAAUCAAAUGGCACUUACUUUCCCGAGGAGAAAUUGCUCAAAUGGUUUGCACAAUUGGUAUUAGCUGUUGACUACUUGCAUUCGAACUACGUGUUACACCGUGAUCUGAAGUGCUCCAACAUAUUUCUCACCAAAGAUCAUGAUAUACGUCUUGGAGACUUUGGCCUAGCCAAGACUCUAAAAGAAGACGAUCUAACCUCUUCAGUCGUCGGAACACCAAAUUACAUGUGUCCGGAGCUGCUUACAGAUAUUCCCUAUGGGUUCAAGUCGGACAUCUGGUCUCUUGGAUGCUGUAUGUAUGAGAUGGCAGCUCAUCGACCUGCUUUCAAGGCCUUUGAUAUGGCUGGAUUGAUAAGCAAGAUAAAUAGGUCCGCCAUGGGUCCCUUGCCUACCUGCUACUCCACUUCUAUGAAAUCUCUUAUCAAAAUUAUGCUGCGGAAGAAUCCUGAGCAUCGACCUACUACAUCAGAGAUUAUGAAGAAUCCAUAUCUGCAACCUUAUGUUGAUCAAUGCCGUGCUCUUUCUGAUGCUUCAAAUACCAUCCGGACACCACAGAAAUCAUUGUCCACUUCACGGAGCAGUCAGAGAAGCAUGUCUGAAAGCCAAAGCAGCAGCAUGUCUAGCAGUGAUAUAGACAGCACACUAUCAAGUGACAGAAGCACAUCAGGUGGAGCGGCAAGUACUGAUACCAAGGUCAUUGAUCCUCGAAGCGUUCAUGAUGUGGAUCGAGAUAACUCAGACGAGAAGUGUGCAAUGCCGGAAGAUCUCAGAGGCAACAAAGACCUGAAAAGACAAGAUUCAUCUAAAUCCAUAGAUCAGCAUCACAGGGGUGAGAGUAAGCAACCAAAAAUCAUCGAGAAGAUAAUGACAACCUUAAGAGAGGAGAGCAGGCUUAGAGAAAGUAGUACUCCUGCAAGAACUAGAGGCGCAAAGCCGAGUUCUGCAGUCAGUACUAAGAAUGAAGCAGAGCAACCAUCAGACACUUCAAGGUUUAACAACAAUGCUUCAUACAGAUCAAGGUCUGGUGAUGAUUCAUCUCAUGGAUUGGCCAGUACCAACGAUGGAUGUGUGAAUUCAGUUCAAGCAUCACCAUCCUCAAAGCAACUGUUACCUAUUGUUGAACACCGUUCAAAUAUCAAAACUGCUCGGUCAUCAACUCCUGAACCUGCCAAACAGGUUAUAGAAAAUGGUUCUGCAGGUCCGGGGAAGUCAAAAAUCAAGACCCCUCCUAGUGCUACUAGACGGCCUAGCCCUCAGAGACGAGCUGGAGCAGGGACAACCAGCAUCUCAGUGACUGUGCAAAAAGGAGCUCAUACCAAGGUCAUGGCAGAGGGUGAGAAAAGUCCAUUCCAACCUGUCCGUUCUCCAGAUAAUACCCCUGGUAAUCUUCCACCUAGUGUAAGGCCAUCUAAAAUUCCUUCAGAAGGACUGAACAUCAUGCUAGACAAUUCACAUGCAAAAUCUUCUCCGCGGGAACUGUUUACUGUUGCAACUAAGGAAGACACCAGUCCUUGCUUAAGUUCUACAGUUGGUCCUGUUGAAAAGGUCGACCAGUCUGAGAAAUCUGAAUCUAACUCACCAGCCUGCUUGACUUCAUCACACACAGGCUCGAUGCCUGAUGUUGCUGCCACGGAAGACAAUGACCUUACAGCUAUACCAUGUUCAGAAAUUAAUACAGACAAUUUUCAGAGGAGUGCGGUCAGUAAUGGUUCAAGCCUGAGCUCUGCUUUGAAUCCAUCCAUUCCAAGCUUUGGACAAGAGUUUGUAUGCACCGAUGAUGUGCAAUCCAGUAAGCAUGAGCAGAAUAUGGUCACAUUGCAAAAUGGCGAGGAUAAGUUCACUGUCCAAGAGCUUCUUUCAUCGAUAUCGCCAUAUGUUGAUCCUUCUGUUCCAACCACAGAAGAUACAAUGGUGGAGAAGGGACCCAAUUCUAUUCUGUCAAUGGAGCAACAAACAGCUUCUCACUUAAACCCACUGGUUGAUGAUGCCAUUCGGCACAUCAAUCUCAAUGUUACCAAUGAGAAGCCAAUAACAGAAGAUGUUCAAGGGGGAACUCAGAACAUUGAUGUCAGCAGCAGACUUCCGAAUGUGUCAAGAGAAGAGCUGGAUGUAAGGAGCAUCUCAUGCUCAUUAAGCUCAUUGCCUUCUACGCUUCUUCCCUCGGUUGCUCCGGAACUUCAUGUUUUGGAUGGCAAUGCUGCCCCUAAGAUACCAGCCCACGGUGCAGACACGGUAAAUUUAUCUAGUGCCGUCGUCGAUGUGAGACCUUACAUCUCCGGGGCCAACAUUGUUCUCAAGGAAGAGACAUUCCCUGCCAAGGAAAUGCUGGAUGUCACGUCAUUCAGGCAGCGAGCCGAGGCUCUUGAGGGGCUCCUUGAGCUUUCUGCAGACCUACUGGAGGACAACAGGCUGGAGGAGCUUGCUAUCGUUCUGAAGCCAUUUGGGAAGAUGAAAGUCUCCCCGAGAGAAACGGCGAUCUGGCUGGCUAGAAGUUUUAAAGGGAUGAUGAAUGACGAGGCAAGCCGCACAUCUACGUGAGUGUUUGUGUUUCUGUAGCCCGGAGGCCCUUUUUGUUUGCUCUGCCCUUGUGCUGUGAGCUUACCAAAACUCGCUUGGUUUUAUAACAGCGUGUGGUCUGUGUUGCCUGAUUUUCCUUUUUGAUUCAACCAUUCUUUGUGGCGUAUGUUGUACAUAGCCAAGACUUUGUAAACAUAAUAAAUGUUCCUUCAGUA